AUGGGCUGCCAUUCUAAAUUAUUGUUGGUUGUAGCCUCUACCGCUGUUUUAACAGCCGGCUUAGUAGAAUUAGUUCACUACUGUCUUGAGGAGAAAAAUCAAGAUGCGAGUAAGAGUACCUCGAAGAGAGAGGUUCGCAGUAGUGUAGCCAAACCUCAUUCAGAAGAACUUAUUAGAGAGCAACUUGCAAGAAAUUAUGCCUUUCUCUCGGAUGAUGGAAUGGAUAAGGUUCGUAAUCAAAACAUUGUACUUGUAGGCGCAGGUGGUGUAGGUUCUGCUGUUGCCACAAUGUUAAUUAGAUCGGGUGUAGGAAAGUUGAGAAUUAUCGAUUUUGAUCAGGUUAGUUUAUCGUCCCUUAAUAGACACGCUGUAGCCAACUUGAAAGAUGUUGGAACUUCUAAAGUUGAAUGUCUCAAGACUCAUUUAUUGCAAAUUGCUCCAUGGUGUCAAAUUGAAACAUACAACGAGUUAUGGAACUUGAAUUCAAGCGAUAGACUUUUGCUUGGCGACAAUAUGGAACCAACAUACAUUGUUGACUGUAUCGAUAAUAUCGAUACAAAGGUAGAUUUGUUGGAAUAUUGCGUGAACAAGAAAUUACCUGUAAUCUCAUCAGGUGGGGCUGCUUGUAAACUGGACCCAACAAGGAUCAAUAUCACGGACAUUUCCAAGACUGAAGAAGACCCCUUGGCCAAGCUGGUAAGAAUAAGACUUAAGAAAAGAGGAAUUGUAUCAGGUAUUCCAGUGUGCUUCUCAGCUGAAAAGCCUGAUCCUAGAAAAGCACAAUUACUACCAUUGGAUGAGGCAGAAAUGUUGAAAGGAGAUGUAGACCAGUUGGCAUCUUUACAGAAUUUCAGAGUGAGAAUAUUGCCUGUCUUAGGAACCAUGCCAGGAAUGUUUGGCCUUGCAAUCGCAUCUUAUUUGAUUACUUCAAUUGCAGGAUAUCCAGUUGAGUCUAUUGAAGGUAAAAACCGUUACAAGAUGUACGAUAGCUUUUUACAGUCUCUUGCGGGGCAACAAUCAAGAAUAGGGAAGGAGGAUCAAAGAGUCCCAAUUGCACUAAACGAAAUUGCAUAUGUAUUGGAAGAAAUUUUCAGAGGUAAGUCACCUAUAUCCAACUAUUCUACGAGGUUGACCCUCUCUAGAUGGGACGGGCUGAAGGAGUUGAGUUUCCAAAAUAUUGUGGUUAUGACUAAGGAAGAGCAGCAAAACCACGAGAAAAGGUGUUUGAAUGGUGGAGAACGCUUGGAAGACGUCUAUUCAGCAGAAGUAUUGGAAAGAGUCGAGAAAAGGUUCAAAGAAGAGAAGUUCUACUCGCAAUUCAGAUAA